AUGAGCUCUCUAAAGGAAAUCCAGCAAAAUACUGCGCGCCGGAAGCAGGUAUACAAGCCGAUUCUCGACAACCCAUUCACAGAUGAGGCACACAUGUGGCCCUACGUACGCGACCAGCCGCUCGUCGCAGAACUGGUUCGUAGUCACGUGAUAGAGCCUUUGGCGCACGCACACGCAAUGAAGCUUCAGGGCACUCUCAACGCUCAUUUCGGGUUCAACAGCGUGGUGCAGUACUUAGAAGCGCCGCCCACCUCAGACUCCGUGUUCUUAUUUGUCUGCAAUCGCGACUCCGUGCCAAGCGUGUUGCUGUCACAGAUCCCAAUUCUCGCACAAGUCAGCAGUUGCGACAUCACAUUAGUGCCACUGCCACGCGGUACCAGCGAUUCUUUGGGUGCUUGCACCUCGACAGACCAUGACGGCCUCUUACUGGUGGUUCAAGACGGCAAAUUCGACCCUCACAUCGCUACCCAACUGAGCGCACACGUAGAUCACGUGAAAGAAAAGCCCUGGCUGCUAUUCUCCAAGUCGCGUAUAGCAGCGCUGUCUUCUACCGCAGCCAUCAGCUCUAAGUCCAAAUCGAAGUCUAAGUAG